AUGGCAGACCACCUCAUGAUGCCCAUGAACCACGGUUCAGCCGGCGCCAGUCUCCACGGUUACCGGAUGGGCAUGAACGGCCUGCAGGCGGGCCACCCGCCGCACGGUCAGCAGACGUCGGCCAUGAGGGCCAUGCCCGGCAGUCAGAUGAUGCACUACGGAGGCGCCCAGGCCGGCAUGGAGAUGCGCCAGCGGCAGGGCAUGGUGCCCCCCGGCGGGCCCAUGGGCGGACAGAUGAACGGUGCCCAAAUGGGCCACCACCACCAGAUGAUGUACAACGGGCAGCAGCAUCACAUGCACCAAGCCCAACAACAACAGCAGCAGCACCAGGUCCAACAGCAGCAACAUCAAGCCCAACAGAGCCAGUUCAUGAAUGGAGGCCUAACAUCUCAGCAGCUCAUGGCCAGCAUGCAGCUCCAAAAACUCAACACGCAGUAUCACGGACACCCGCUGGGCCCCAUGGGUGGCGGCGGAGGGGGCGGCGUGGGCCACAUGGGCGGCCCCGCCAACCAGUACCGCAUGAACCCAGCACAGCUAGCUAACAUGCAACACAUGGCGGGCCCGGCGCUGGCGCUGAACGGCAUGGAUGCGGACAUGAUUGACGAGGAAACGCUCACAUCGCUGGUCGUGGAGCUGGGCCUGGACCGGGUCCAGGAGCUGCCUGAACUCUUUCUGGGCCAGAACGAGUUUGACUUCAUUUCGGACUUUGUUAGCAAACAGCAGCCCAGCACGGUUAGUUGCUGA